UGCGCCUGCGCCUGCGCCUGCGCCUGCGCCAGCCAUUGCUGUUUUCCUUUCUAUUCUUCCACUACUACCACCCUACAGUAGUAACCACUUCACACCGGCGAAACUCUCGUCACCUUCGCUCUCGCCUGUGCCCCGAACGGGCCCUAAGCACGAAAUGGAGCUGGUUGCCCCUUUUCACCGGUAGCAUCGUCCAUCAAUUGGAACUACCGCUGUGUACUGUACAGCUCCGACGGACCAUGCCCUCCACGUCGUUGAGCUCCUGCGUCAUGCUUCCUGGCGUCGUGGUGGCUUGUCCUUCGAUGUCUCUCUCAGAGCGGAGUUUGCUCAUGCAUCAACUUGGCCGUACAUAGGAUACUGAGGUAGCCCCUUCAUGGUAAUAUUUUUUGAUGUUAUUUUUUUAUGGGAUAGGUCGAAUCACUUCCUGCCGGCUCCACGUCGAUCGUUGUCGAUUGGCUGAGAAGACGGGAAAAGACACAACUCACGGGUCUCCCAACUGGGAAAAUGAUCGGGCCGUCCAUACCAGAAAGAAACUGGGUCAAGCUGCUCCAGCUUUCAGCAUCUGUAUCAAAAAGAUAGAAUAUGGUCUGAUAACCUGAAACCUGCACUCUGCAAGAGCUGGGCUACAUCUACAUCAUACUGUCGGACCCAUUUUCCGUCAAUUCUUUCAAUAUCGGACAGUCACCUGUCAUCGACGUCCCAAGCAGGAGAUCUGGGAUGUACUGCACUAGGUCAAUACUAGGCAUUCAAUGCACCCCUCCGACCGCCUUUGGCUGCCGAGAGUAGCAAAGCAAAUAACAAACUAGACCACCUCGGGCGCCGGAGGCAUAGCCCGCUAUACCAGCUGUGGGAACAGGCCGCCCAUACUAGCCUUGGUCUUGUUCACACCCUGGUUCCGAGGACGAGGUCCCGGGCUGUGGCUUCCGCCCACGCAAUGCAGGCGAUCCACUGGAUUCCCGCUAACAUUGCCGGCCUCGGUCCUCUGCAGAGUCCACCCCGUUCCUGACGAUGAGCUAGCCCCAUCAAAUCUCCUCGCCUGCUCCUUUCUCACACUACCCUAGACCUCCACCGAUACUGUACCUCUCCAUGGGUCAGUAUCCCUGUUGUUGUCACUUCGCGACUUACGGGGUUGUUUUUGGAGCGAGCCCGCCUCAGACGCGUCUUUGCUCGGAGGCACAGCACCGCUAUGGCGCUUCAGGCUAGGUUGUGCGUUGGACCCGGUAUUCUGCUUUCAAGCCUUGCCGGCACGUUGGACCACUUGUGACCCCUGUUCCGGGUCCUCACGUCGCCAGGUCUCCAGGAAAGUUGCGCUGCUGAGCCCUAGCUCCUCGACGUCGACGAUGGACUGAGACUAUGGAGUACCCUGUAUCAACAACCCCGUCUUCUUAUGGUCCACCACGACUUGUUCGGAUAUCCCUACCCACAGCAUGAAGUGCUCUUUUCCUAAAUAUCUCUUCGGUCUGUGACAUUUGACGGAAAUGAUAUUCCAAUCGUCCUCAUAUCCUUUUGCUUUGUAUACUAGCUUUUCUGCGCCAAUCCAUUCUUUUUUGUCUUCCUUACAUACGCGAUCAUAUGGUCGUCUAUGUCGAGCUUGCAUAAAGUCGAUCUGCUUGAUGCUACUCGAUGACUCGGUGAUCUGAUCUUCCUGGCACGUCAAAUGAGCCACUCGUCGCAAGCUUCGCUGCAUAGAUAGCUCUUGGACGUGUAUAUCAAACAACACUCCGACAGCUUAGUGCUGAGGCACUUUCGCCUGCGAACGGACUUUUCUCGUUGGCAAUUGAUAUCUUGGACUCUUGCGCACUCAGCUGCUCAUUGUUGAGUGAAACGGCUAUCAAGUGUGCCUUCGAGCCAAAUAUAUCCUCGCUAUCCUCAAUCGCUGAAACAUUGUUCACCAUCCUGAAAGACAUCCAGCUCGAAAUCCAAAGGUGUCCUCUGCUAGAAUUUUGAAUGAAAGAUCUACCGUCUGUGCGGUUAUACGCUUGGGGCAUAUGACAGCUGUCAUUCGGCGCACUACGUCACAACAGAGAUGGGCCGAUUUCCCUGGGGCCAAGGGCAGGCGAAGCAAGGCGGCGACAAGAUCCAAUCCUUCACCCAGGAUAGGUUGUCGAAAGAUAAUACCGAAAACUGGAGACAUGGCUUGAAUGACCUGAUAAGGGAGCACAGUUUUGGAUCGGGCACGAGCGAAGGGUCACCAAGUCAUGGCAAACGUUCUCGAACAAAUACUCUCACUUCGUCCACCUCGUUUUAUGCCCGGUCAACCUCGGAUGUCUCAAAUGGUGUUACUUCCAGGCCUCCGUCGCGGCCAGGCUCUCGUGACUCAAGCUCCCAAGCACCAGAACGACACGACAACCCGGCCAAAAGUCUUUUGUCCAAAGGAACUCGUAUCUUGAGACGACAGGGAAGCAAGUUGAGUCUUCUGCCUUCUCCGACGGAAGACAAGACCAUCAUUGUUAGUGACCGACGGGAUGGCCCAGUGUCUCCUGUUAAGGUGCUCCAGCGGCAAUUCACGUCGAGCUCACAACGACAUGGCGUGAAAAAAAGCAUAUCGACCCCUUUCGCAUUCCAACAUCUAUCUCAUGGAGACCAAGCCCACUUUCAGAGUCUCGACAAUGUUACAAAAGUAGAGCUGUUCAAUGCUAUUCAGGCGGAUCAGCAGCCUGAUCAACAUGUCCGCGGGAUUCCGAUAACGGACUUGCCCACGCAAGAGACUGAAUCUGUCGCCCAUGUCGGAACAGAUGAACCAACCUCGCCAACGACGAGUGCCAUUCCCUAUCUACCCAUUACCCCGCCUCGUCCGUUACCACCACCCAAAAAUGAUGGUCCGGUCUCGCCAUACAGCUCCUCGGAUAUUCGAUUGUCCCGGUCAACGGAAAACUUUUCCCGUCCGACCAGGGUUUCUAUGAACUCUGGUGACCUCCCUUCACCGACUACGACCAUUUCAGCUCGACUAGCAGCCUUGAGUCCCAUCAACCGGAACGUCGCUCCAGUUAAGCCACUCCCGCAACUUCCAGACGUGGUACAUGCUGUCUCCACCACUGACGAUAUUGCACUUCCGCUCAGGAGUGCCCCUCUACCUUCCCUACCGAAGGAGGAGCCAAACGCGAAGGAAGAGGGAAAUACUUCACAGGUCCUCGGACAGAGCACGGAUACCACGCCGUCUCCUCUGCUGGAUUUCCCCGUGCCCCUCUCUUCAGUCCAGCGGAAAAGGCGAAGCCAGUCAUCCGGGGAGAUUAACUUUGAUAUCGCAUUCUGCACCGCCGCCUCAGAUUUAGUUGGCGCUGAAGCACCUGCGCUUGACAACGAGGAAGAUGACAGGAGUCAAAUAUCUGAUAACCGCAUCUCCGUUGGAGUGAAAGACAUCCAGCUUGAAGACUGGGAAAAUGCUAUUGACUUCUCUUGGGACUAUGAAGCAGAGAUUGAAGAUAUCCUCUGCGCAAGCCAUUUGGAUGCGGCAACCGAUGUUUACAAAGCUCCGAGCGUUCAACAUGAGAAUUUCCUGCUUGUUGGACAGCACGCGGUUGACGAAGCCUCAUCUUCUACGUCAACUCCUCUGAUGAUGCAAGCUGUUUACAAGCCACUAAACCUGGAGACAAACCAGCCUGUUUCGCAUCACCGUUACCAUAGCGAACCGCCGUCACCGUUGUUUGGCCUGGGAAUCGAGGCUGUCCAGGAAAUGUCCAGAGUUGCAUAUGCCGGACACGACAAUCGACAUGUCGAGCAAGGUGUCAACCAUUUUGAUUCCACUAAUGUGCUCCGUCCAAAUCUUGCGCGGAGCACCUACUCGUCCAUGAGCAAGUCAAGCUCGCAGGAGAGCAUUAUCCUCUCCAUCGCCUCAUCCAUCAUUGGCACACAUCGAUCGUCGAACUCUAGCACGAGUAUGUCCGACCUUAUCCACCUAGCCAAUCUUGGAGAAUCAUUGGAGAACCUCAAACCAGAUGUUAGGGGUUCUCGUGGUCCUAUGGAGAACCGUGCCAGAGAGGGAAGUCAAGACACCAUUCGCGAAGAACACGCUGGAGAGACCAAUGAUGCAACUGAAGCUCCCGCUACUUCAGUGCAGCAGACUGAAACAAAUGGUCUCCACAAACAUCAUGACCGUGGCGCGUCAGCACCUCUUGUCUAUAUCCCCGAAAGAAAGUCAUCGAAGCUGCCAGAAGCAAGGGCUGAAACUGAAACUUCACAGAUUCACUGGCGAAAGCGUGCGGGGACAAUGAACUCUCGACCUCGAGGCAAUACUCGCGUCUCCUACUCUCUGUUCCCUACCACAUCACCAAGGUGAACGAACUUGGCCACGACAUAUAUUGCUGUAUAUGUUCAUUCACCACAGUCUAUUGCUAUCUUGGCUGGUAGCAUUUUCGACAUUUUCCUUUCUUGGGCAUGAUUUAAUGAUUAGGGGUGUUACACUUUUGCAACAUGAAAGACUACGAAUCAUUAUGAUUUUCUGGGGGCUACGGAUCCUAUUCUUUUUAACUUUCGGCGCGCGUUGGGUUACACUUGGGAACAAGCGGCACAAGGUCGGGAUGGGCUUGGUAUGCGGAAUGACAGAGUGAAAAAAGCUGUGUUCAUUGCGGGUUAUAAAAGUUAGCUUAGCUGGGCAUGAAUGAGGAAGGGCAAAGGUGUUUGGACGAAAGGGUCCGGGGACUACUGGACUGUCAAUGCUUGCCACGAUGGCAGAAGGUGGGCAUGGAUUAACUUUAAAACUGGGAAUGGGGAGGAGUUACACCGUGCAGAUUGAGCAAGUGGAAAUUAAAUAUUUGCUUUCCAAUCGGCGGAUCGAACAUCGAACAAGCAAGGUUUUGUCAAAGUGUUGGUGUCGUAUCAGCAUAGCAAUCUGAAGUUCUUGAAGCCUUGGUAGAAAACAAGUCAUGUUACUUAAAUAUC